AUGCUGAUGCCAGUCCACUUCCUGCUGCUCCUGCUGCUGCUCCUGGGGGGCCCCAGGACGGGCCUCCCCCACAAGUUCUACAAGGCCAAGCCCAUCUUCAGCUGCCUCAACACUGCCCUGUCUGAAGCUGAGAAGAGCCAGUGGGAGGAUGCAUCCCUGCUGAGCAAGAGGAGCUUCCACCACCUGCCCAGCAGAGACGCCUCUUCGGGAGAGGAGGAGGAGGGCAAAGAGAGAAAGACUUUCCCUGUCUCUGGGGCCAGGGGGGGAGCUGGAGGCACCCGGUACAGAUACGUGUCCCAAGCACAGCUCAGGGGAAAGCCACGCCAGGACACAGCCAAGAGUCCCCAGCGCACCAAGUUCACCCUGUCCCUCGACGUCCCCACCAACAUCAUGAACCUCCUCUUCAACAUCGCCAAGGCCAAGAACCUGCGUGCCCAGGCAGCCGCCAAUGCCCACCUGAUGGCGCAAAUUGGGAGGAAGAAGUAG